AUGGCCGACCAGGAGGUUCCCCAUGCCACCUUUGACACCAUCCUCAUCCUUGACUUUGGUUCUCAAUACACGCAUCUCCUGACCAGGAGACUGCGCGAGAUCAAUGUCUACAGUGAGAUGCUGCCAUGCACUCAGAAGAUCGCCGAUCUGCCCUUCAAGCCCAAGGGUAUCAUCCUGUCCGGUGGUCCCUACAGUGUCUACGAGGACGGCGCCCCCCACGCUGACCCCGCCGUCUUCGACCUCGGUGUCCCCAUUCUCGGUAUCUGCUACGGUCUGCAGGAAAUCGCCUACCGUCUGGACAAGGAGAACGUCGACGCCGGUACCGAGCGUGAGUAUGGCCACGCCGACCUCCACGCCAAGCGCCUCGACGACCAGGGCCACGUCGACAAGCUGUUCGCCGGCCUCGAGGGCCAGAUCAAGGUCUGGAUGAGCCACGGUGACAAGCUCGUCAAGCUCCCCACCGGCUUCCACACCAUUGCCACCACCUCCAACUCUCCUUAUGCCGGUAUUGCCCACCAGACCAAGCCCCUCUACGGCGUGCAGUUCCACCCCGAGGUCACCCACACCCCUCUGGGUGCUACUAUCCUGAAGAACUUUGCCGUCGAUAUCUGCGGUGCUCAACAGAACUGGACCAUGUCACGCUUCGUCGACCAGGAGAUUGCCCGCAUUCGCAAGCUGGUCGGUGAGACUGACCACGUUCUGGGUGCUGUCAGCGGUGGUGUCGACUCCACUGUUGCUGCCAAGCUCAUGAAGGAGGCCAUCGGCGACCGCUUCCACGCCGUGCUCGUCAACAACGGCUGCAUGCGUCUGAACGAGUGCGACAUUGUCGAGGAGACCCUGAACAAGCACCUCGGUAUCAACCUGACUGUCGUUGACGCCUCCAAGCGCUUCUUGGACGGUCUCAAGGGCGUCACUGAACCCGAGAAGAAGCGCAAGUUCAUUGGCAACACCUUCAUCGACGUCUUCGAGGAGGAGGCCCAGAAGAUCGAGGCCGAGGCCGAGCACCAGGGUGCCAAGGUCAAGUGGUUCCUCCAGGGUACUCUGUACCCCGAUGUCAUCGAGAGUAUCUCCUUCAAGGGUCCCUCGGCGACCAUCAAGACCCACCACAACGUUGGUGGUCUGCCCCAGCGCAUGAUUGACGGCCAGGGUAUGAGGCUCAUCGAGCCGCUCCGUGAGCUGUUCAAGGAUGAGGUUCGCGCUCUGGGUCGCCAGCUGGGCAUUGCUCACGAGCUGGUCAUGCGCCACCCCUUCCCCGGCCCCGGUAUUGCCAUCCGUGUUCUCGGCGAGGUUACCCCCGAGCGCGUGGAGAUUGCCCGCCGGGCCGACCACAUCUUCAUCUCGAUGAUCCGCGAGGCUGGUCUGUACGACCAGAUUGCGCAGGCCUACGCUGCCCUGGACCCCAGCAAGGCGGUGGGUGUCAUGGGUGAUAAGCGUGUGUACGCCGAGAUCAUCAUCCUGCGUGCUGUUGAGACGACCGACUUCAUGACUGCGCGCGCAUUCCCCUUCGACAACGAGUUCCUGAGCCAGUGCUCGACCCGGAUCAUCAACGAGGUUCACGGCGUGUCCCGUGUUCUGUAUGACAUCUCCAGCAAGCCUCCGGCGACGAUUGAGAUGGAGUAA